CCCAGGGCGGCCCGCGGGGCGCGCUCGGUGGCGCUGGCGUCAGCUCCCAGCCGGUCCGCGUCUCCUUUCCUCUGCCUCAGGUUGGGGCGGGUCGGGAGGAUGGCCUCGGAGUUGGAGUCGUCGCUGGAGGCGAGCUUCACGGCCAGCGGUGCGCUGUCAGGGACUUCAGUGUUUCUGCCGCCAGCGCGCUCCCGCAUCUUCAAGAUAAUCGUGAUCGGCGACUCCAAUGUGGGCAAAACGUGCCUGACCUACCGCUUCUGCGCGGGCCGCUUCCCCGACCGCACCGAGGCUACUAUCGGGGUGGAUUUCCGAGAACGAGCAGUGGAGAUUGAUGGAGAGCGCAUCAAGAUCCAGUUAUGGGACACUGCGGGACAAGAACGAUUCAGAAAGAGCAUGGUACAGCACUACUACAGAAAUGUACAUGCUGUGGUCUUCGUGUAUGACAUGACCAACAUGGCUAGUUUUCACAGCCUGCCAUCUUGGAUAGAAGAAUGUAAACAACAUUUGCUAGCCAAUGAUAUACCACGGAUUCUCGUAGGAAAUAAAUGUGACUUAAGAAGUGCCAUUCAGGUACCUACAGACUUGGCACAAAAAUUUGCUGACACACACAGUAUGCCUUUGUUUGAAACCUCUGCUAAAAACCCCAAUGAUAACGACCAUGUGGAAGCUAUAUUUAUGACCUUGGCUCAUAAACUUAAGAGCCACAAACCAUUAAUGCUUAGUCAACCCCCCGAUAAUGGAGUUAUCCUGAGGCCUGAACCAAAGCCUGCAAUGACGUGCUGGUGCUAAAUAACAGUCUUUACCAUGCUGUUUAAUUUUGACUAAAGAAAUACUUUUGAAGUAUGACAGUGAUAGUCAUAAAAGUUAAUCUCAAAUAUAAUGGGUCAUCCUGACACUUUACCAUUUAUCAUCGUCAUGCUUACUUUUGUAUUUUGUAUCUACUUAAUUGAGUUUGUCCCUGUGACAACACAAGGGAAAAGUUGGUUUUCAGGUGAGGUUAAAAAUGAAGCAAAGGUAGGAUGAGUCAGAACAUGUUUCCAUUGAGAACCCGGUGAAGGGGGCUUGAGAUGAGAGCAUGAUAGAGUUCCAAGAGUCAAUGACUGCUCGAUCCUGUGUUCCUGUGAUUGCAAAAAAAUACCGAAGGUUUAGUACACACUUAAUGGUAUGUCCUUUGAAUGAGAAGUGUUUCUCAGUAGGAUAAAAACUAGUAUUUGCCUCUCCCUAGAGUUUUUUCUCUGUAUUAUUAAUGGAUUUCAUGACAUUAUUAUUGGUACAUUUUAGAGCCAAGACUGGAGUUCCAGUGGGAAGAGUAGGCAUAGAAUGUUUUCUGGUUCUCAAGUUCAUAAAGAAUGACUUUCCAAACAGUUCUGGAUGCUUGAUGUUUUUAAUCAAUAUCAACGAGGUCUACAGAAAUUGUUAUUUUUAAAAGAGUAAUUUGAAUUGUUUUCUUAUUAAAUUAUAUUAGAAUAUGCAAGAGUCAAAUUUUAAUAUGAAUGAAAUGACAUUAAGGUGCUUUAUAUUUUAUUAUGAUAUCUUUAAAUGGCGAAAAACAAAUUGAGAGCAGGUGAGGAGUUGUAACUUGGGAGAAAAUAGGUAAAUAUGGUUUCUGGCUACCACAGGAGACCUAUUCUUAGCUUUUAUGAUUUCUGGAUGUGGAUCUGGCAUAGUCUCUCUUGCUCUCCUCCACCCCCUAUCAACUUAAUAAGUAAAGGCUGAAUUAACAAGUCAUCCACUUGGAUUGUAGUACCGAGGGCAUACCUCUAAUUGCUAUGAGUCUACAUGUAUUUCUGUAAUAGUAUUGUGUUACAGUACAAAAAUCUUUAAACUUUAGGGCCAUGACAUGAAAUUCCUCCUCAAUUUGAAAAACAAAUUAGAUACUGAAAAAUAUUUUGUCUAUCUCUAGGUAGUAGAAUAUUUCAAAAUGUUUUUUACCCUAGAUACUUUUAUUUUGCAUUUAAGACUUUGCACAUAGAAAAUGGUAAGCUUGCCUAUGAAGCUCUUACAGGAAUGGAAUGUAAGCCAUGAACUUUAACGGAAGUGUACACGUUGACUAAUUCUGAUAGAUUGCUGUCCUUGAUAAUUUUAGAGGAAAUUAAGACAAAUCAUCAUUGUACUUACGUAUUUUCAGACUGUGGGAAACCAAUUAAAUGUAUAUCAAUCUAGUUUAGAAUUUUUGUUUUAUCAUCAUGGUGGUCCUAACUGGGUAAUUUAAUUAUAAAAAUGAGAUUAGGUAAGUGAACUAACUGAAAGUAAUAAUUAUAGGAAGUAAUUAUUCAGUUUUACAUGUUAGAGAUUAAGGGAAAACAAGUUGGCUUUAUUUGUGUUUAGGGAGAUUAAUCCACUUUUCUUAUGCUAGAAUUAAAAAUGAUUUGACAUAAUGUUGAUUUGUAACUUUUUAUAGUAAAACAGUGACAGCUGUAAUCAUGUGAUGGGCAUAACAGUUUUUUAAAGAAGGGAACCUGUUUAUUGCUUUUCAAAACAUUUCCUAAAGUAAGGGAAGAAAGUUUACAGACUUUCCAAGCACAUUUAUGUUUUUUCAGUGCUAUUAUUAAUGAUUUUUUUUAAGGAAUUUAACUUUCUUUUUGUAAGAAGUUAAGUCCUUUACAGUUCUGUGAAAGGACUUAUUUUUUUCACUUUAAUAUUUAUUAAUUUAAAAAUAUUUGUAUCUCAUUUGUAAUAAUUUGUUUUAAUAUUUUUCUAUGUGUGUUUUUAUUUUUAAAAAGAACAUACAUAUUAGUUGAAUAGGGAUAAAGCUUUUAAAUAUUUUCUAAAAUAUUUAUAAAAACAAUUCAUUGACUGUUGAGAGAAGUCACUUCCAAAAUGGUGGCUAUCAAACAAUUAUUAAUUUUUAAAGCACAGAUCACAUAUUUCAUAACUCCCGUGUGAAUUUAUUUUAACUGUGACCUUUAAUUAAAAAUAUCAGAUAUGUUUUGGGGAAGUCUUAAUUUGAGAACACCAAAGGAAGCUAAUCCAGAAUCUAAUGUAGUUAGCUAUUAAUGAUGAUGCUUUAUUGACAGUAUACUGCUAAUAUGUUUCCUCUUGAAAUCUAAACUAAAGUUAAAUAAUUUUGUGGUGGAAUAGUGUCACUGUAACAUUUCCCUCACGAAGUUCAAUAAACCAGCUUUGCCAUUAAGAAAUUGUUUUUCAAUUGGUGCCAUCUGGAUGAUUCACUGGGUAGCUCGUGGCAGAGUAAUUAAAAGACUUUUCGAAUUGA